UCUACAGUUCGAUCUGUUUGCUUGAUAAUGCAACAGAACCAUCUAUAUACCCCAACACCUAUUCUACUCGACAAUUCGGACAUGCGAACAUGUUAGUUGACAUAUAAUCGACUGCAUAACCCACCACAUCCCCUUUCGAUAGAAUUCGCUCGCCCAUAAAGACCUGCAGAAGCAUGGCAGGAUCCGGCACCAGGAAAGGCUCGACACCAGCCAAGGUGCCCUUUGGCGCAAAGUCCCAGACUCCAGCGAAGCGCAACGGCAGCCUUCUGAACUUCUUCCAAAAGGCCGAUGGACCCCCCAAAGCCACCUCGACCCAGCCCCGGAUCACACAGUUUGCCACCAAGACCGCCCGUCCCGCCGCGAACGGCCCCAGCACGCCGACCCUGCGCAGACAGGGCAGCUCCACGGUUAGCAAUGGCGCAGGCGGAUUGUUUCUCGAGGACAGGAACGCGAGCAAAGCCGAGGCGGCGUACGCAACCUCCGAACCCGAGAGAGCCACACGGUCGAAAACCCCGGACGAUAUCUGGGAAGGCGAGCCGGAAGCCCCAGCAGCGGCGACGGCCGGGGAAGAUCGAUAUAAUGAGAACGGAUCCGCUGUCAAGAAACGCAAGGUCGAUUCUCCUUCCGAUGGCGUUGCACAAGACAAGCCGGCCGGGUCAACGGACGCUACCCCGGCGCCGGCGAAAAAGUCUCGCCACCUCAGUGGGCCCUUCAUCGAUGAAUCCGACAGCGAGGAGGAGGAUUUAGAGAAAUUUCGCGAUUUUACGGACGAGCCGCCGCUUGUAUUAGAAACGAAGUCUAUUGCCGAUGCGACAGAGUCACCACCCGUCGACGCCGGAGACAAACCACGGACGUCCGCUGUCGACACUCCACCCUUGGUAAGAGAAGCCACGAGUUACACCGAACCUGAUGAAUAUACGAAUUUUGACGAUGUGGAAGACGAGUUCCGUGGGGAAGAAGAUUUCUUAGAUGCCUUUGACGACGACGAUGAUGGUCAUGAAGAGAAGGAACUGGUGAUUGAUUUGGAUGAUACUGGGGAUGGGGUAGAUUUCAAUGGCGGUGGCGAUGACUCGUUUGGUUGCGAAGCGCCCGUAUGUCCGAUAUGUCAGACUAGUUUGGUUGGUCUUAACGAAGCUGAUGUGUCGGUGCAUGUCAACGACUGCUUGGAUGGAAAGCCUAGUCCGGUGCAACCGAAGCCGGAGCCUGAAGUCAAGUCUGAAUCUGGUGUCAAGCUCGAGUCCGAUAUCAAGCCCGACCCCGAACCUCCAUCGAAAGCAUUAAAUCGUAUGGAACGGGCGGCGAUUGCUCGUCCAGCACAACGCGAUCCAUACGCCUCCGGCGCGGCGAAGACACGGUCCGCAUUCUCCAAGCUUAUGGCUGGAAAUGCGGAGGACAGCGCUUGGGCCGCAGCAGCGGCCAAUGAGGUGGCAUCCAGGGGCAAGCAGGCCUAUCAACGGACCUGUCCGUUCUACAAGAUCAUGCCUGGCUUCUCUAUCUGUGUGGACGCAUUUCGUUACGGCGCCGUCGAAGGCUGCAAUGCUUACUUCCUUAGUCACUUUCAUAGCGACCACUACAUCGGGCUUACCGGUUCCUGGCGGCAUGGCCCUAUAUACUGCAGUCGCGCGACGGCCAAUCUCGUCUGCCAGCAGUUGAAAGUCAACCGUAAAUGGCUUGUGCCACUCGACUUUGAGCAGAAGACGGAGAUUCCUGGCACGGGCGGUGCACAUGUGACGAUCAUCGAGGCGAACCAUUGUCCUGGAAGUGCAAUAUUUCUCUUCGAGAAGACUACGGGAUCUGGCCCUUCGCAACGGACGCAACGCGUGCUUCAUUGCGGCGACUUUCGCGCCUCCCCGCUCCAUGUGCAGCAUGCACUCCUGCGCCCCGAGGUUGUCGAUCCAGCUACAGGUCAGCGCCGCCAGCAAAGAAUAGAUGCUUGCUACCUCGACACCACGUAUCUGAGUCCCAAGUAUGCCUUCCCGAGCCAGGACGACGUCAUUCAAGCUUGUGCCGAUCUUUGCGUGGACCUGAAUGAAGGAGAGCAGAAGAGUAGCGGGCUUGCUUUUGGAUCGGCGGGCCGUUCCUCUGGCAUUGGAGGAGGAUUGAUGAGCAAGUUCGUCUCGAAGGUAACAGGCUCUUCAGCGUCACAGUCCACAGCUUCAAGCUCUAGUGGCCGAUUGCUCGUGGUGAUAGGGACGUAUAGCAUUGGGAAAGAGCGCAUCUGUCUCGGGAUUGCGCGCGCGCUGAAAAGCAAAAUCUUUGCCACCCCAGCCAAACAGCGGAUCUGCGCGUGCCUGGAAGAUCCUGAGCUGUCAUCGCUGCUGACAGACGAUCCGCAUGAGGCACAGGUGCACAUGCAGACACUCUUCGAGAUUCGAGCCGAGACGCUGGCCGACUAUCUGGACUCCCUGAAGCCACACUUCACGAAAGUGGUGGGCUUUCGACCGACCGGUUGGACGUACCGGCCACCCGCUGGCCGGGUGCUGGACAACCCCCCUGUGUCGACAGUGCUUCACUCGGCGCAUUGGCAGACUCCGUUUUCGGCACGCGACCUCGUGCCACAACGGGGCAGUACGCGGGAGAGUGCCUGCUUUGGGGUGCCGUACAGCGAGCACAGCUCAUUCCGCGAAUUGACCAUGUUCUGCUGUGCCUUACGGAUCGGACGGGUCAUCCCGACGGUCAAUGUGGGCAGUCAGAAAAGUCGUGAACGCAUGAAGGCAUGGAUUGAACGGUGGGAAGCCGAGAAGCGGAAGAGUGGGUUGUACCAAGUCGAAGGCGAACGGUGGUGAUGGUGUGUGUGGCAUAAUCUGUACAGUACAUAGAUUCUUUAACAUAAGAC